AGGUUCAAUUGUUCAAGGUUGCCUAAGUGAUAACUGAUUGAGAAGGUUUCAAAUCGACUGGCCGUUCGGUUGUUACGGCAAGGCGCAAGCCUUCAAUUUUUCAAGUCUGCCAAUCAAUCCAGGAACGGAGGAGGCGAGGAGCCCAAAGGUCGGCCGGUAAUUACAAAUUUACAAGUCUAGAACACCUCCUUUCAACUUUCAAGGUUUCAAACAAUCUGUCAGUCACCAGUGAAGCUCUACAAGAUGGUGAAAAGGAAGACAUUGAUAUGGAUGAUUUAUUUCAAGAAUUGAAAAUGUUGCAAAAUAUUUUACCGGAUGAUAGGGACACAGCCAUUAAAAUUCUUGAUUUUGUGAAGAACUUGUGUUGUUAUCCGAAUACAACAAUUGCUUACAGAAUACUGUUGACAAUACCUGUGACCGUUGCCACAGCGGAGAGAAGUUUUUCAAAGUUGAAGAUACUGAAGAAUCAUUUGCGAUCGACUAUGUCUCAAGAAAGGCUGAAUGGAUUAGCAAUUUUAAGCAUUGAGCAUGAAGUCUUGGAAAAGGUUGAUUAUGAAGCAAUUAUUGAUGAUUUUGCUUCACAGUGUUCGGCGAGAAACGUUUUUAAGUAAUAUUUUUCUUUUUAUGUGAUACUUGUUACCUUUCAUCAAACAUGUUAUUUAAAUAUUAAUAAAGUGAAUUUCAUCUUUAUUUUUUUUACCUUUAUUCAAUUAUUCGGUAGUUUUAUUAUAAUCUAUGUUUAGCUUAUAAAUUUAGACCCAACUUAGUUUCUCGCCCAUAGGCCCACAAAAUGACAGGACCGACCCUGCUGCCAAGGUCUCAGACGUGGCAAUUCUGCCGCCAUCGCCGCCCUAUUUUGGGCUAGGGUGCAUCGCCCUAUUCCGCCGCCCUGGCAGCCCUAUUUUGGUCGCUGCAGGAUACCUUCUUCUUCUCAAUACAGUGCAGAGAAGUACACUCUGCUGUUUUAUCUGAUUUCCUGCCCCACAAUUAAGCAACUGCAACUUUGUCUCCCUGCUAAUGCUCGCCUUGGUAAUAUAUUUGCCAGUGUCACCUCUUUAUCAUUCAGUAAUGUUGGGUUUAAGCGUAAUGUUAGUGGAACUCUCCUCAAGAUUCCUAAUCUUGAAGAGCUGUAUUUUUAUGAAUGUUAUGACAUGGACGAUUUCCUUGACUUAAAAGCCUCAGUUUCAUUGAUUGUUUGUGUCUGACUGAAUGUAAAAGCUUCAAGCCUCACCUUCCGAUGCUCAAGGUCUUGUUUGGUUCAAAGGAG